CUAUGUGUCUUCGAGUUGAAAUAAUCAUUUAUUGCUGUCCCGAAAGAAUAAAAGAGAAAAUCGAGAAACUGAUUUGAUAAUGUCGAUAAUGCAGGAGAGGGGAAACUUCAUCAGCUGGGAGCGAAAUCUGAUGGUAUCUUACUUUGUUUACGUUUUUGAUGGAUUUUCCACCGUUUUAGCUGUGAAAAUUGCCGAAAGGAAGGUGUCUGGAGAUGGCACGUGCAGACCUGGACGUGGAUUAUCAUGCACUCUACGAGCUGUUGGUGGACAAGAACAUUGAGCACCAGACUUUUGAGGUCAUUUGCUCCACAAUCCAGAAGAAAUUCGCCAAGGCAGACUUCUUGAGGGUGGGAACUCUGCUGAUGCUUCUUCUCCGACAGGGAGACUUUCCGGGCGUAGUUCAGCGCAUCAGCACGUAUUAUCUGCUGCUGGAGUUGUUCAGGAGUGACGGACAGACUGAAUCGCCCUUCCUGAGUUUCCUCGUGGCACAAUUUGAUGCCAAGGAUGCGGCGACGGCGAAAGUGAAUGUGAUUGAGAGGAACUUCUUGGGACAAUUGCUGUCCGCCGGCACGAAGGAGCUGAGCAAACAGACUCCGCAGCAAGUGAUGCAAGCGGAGCACUUCCCUGGGUCGCAGGACAUCUUCAAUGCUCGCCAGCAGGCGCUGGAGAAGGAAAAGGAGCUGCCGGCGUCCGUGAGAGCGGGCGUGCCGAAUAUCAUCGCGGCGCCCACGACGGAGGGCGAAUCAUCCAUCCGGGAACUGCUUGAGCGACUGACAACGGCGGAUUCGCCGCUCAAGAGUCGCCUGGCGCCGAAGUUCAUGACACUGGCGCCGCCGCUUCUGCCCUGCGACGACGAGCUGGUGUGGUUCGACGCCACGAAUCCCGCCUGGCACCGGCCGAUCUACGACAUCACGAUGUGCUCGUCCACGAACCUGUGCUGGGAGGUGAAGAGGCUCCUGGCGCAGGCCUACAAGCAAGCGCUCACGAUUCCGGACCAGCAGAGACUGAGCAGCGCCCUCGAGAGAGACCCCAACAUUGUCUAUCACAUCGGCUUGACGCCCACGCAGCUGCCCAAUCUCGUGGAAUUCAACCCCAUGGUGGCCAUCGAGAUCCUGCUGAAGCUGAUGAACUCCACGCAGAUCACCGAGUACUUCAGCGUGCUGGUGAACAUGGAACUCUCCCUGCACUCGAUGGAAGUCGUGAACAGACUGACCAAUUCCGUGGAUUUGCCGUCGGAGUUCGUCCAUUUGUACAUCAGCAACUGCAUCUCCACGUGCGAGACCAUCAAGGACAAGUACAUGCAGAGCCGACUGGUGCGCCUGGUGUGUGUCUUCCUGCAGAGCCUCAUCCGGAACAGGAUAAUCAAUGUGAAGGAGCUUUCGCUGGAAGUGGAGGCGUUCUGUGUGGAGUUUGGGCGCAUCCGCGAGGCCGCCGGCCUGUUCCGGCUCCUCAAGCAGAUGGAGGUGUGCGACACGCAAGCGCCCCUCGGCGCCAGAGCCUCCCCGCCGCAACCGUCGUCGCCCAAAGAGUGACUCAAGACU